AUGCUUUUCUAUGGAUCUCCAGGUACUGGAAAGACGUCAACCAUUCUUGCGAUGUCCAAAUCUCUUUUUGGACCUGCUCUCGUCCGCUCCCGAGUCCUUGAGCUUAACGCUUCUGACGAGCGAGGUAUAAACAUUGUUCGUGAAAAGAUUAAAGAUUUUGCUCGAAUGCACCUAUUCCAACCCCCGGCCGAUCCUGCCUAUCGCUCACAAUAUCCGUGUCCACCGUUCAAAAUCAUCAUUCUUGAUGAAGCAGAUAGCAUGACCCAUGACGCCCAGUCCGCUCUCCGCAGAACUAUGGAGAAAUACAGCCGGAUUACUCGUUUCUGCCUCGUUUGCAAUUAUGUCACUCGAAUAAUUGACCCCGUGGCGAGUAGGUGCAGCAAAUUUCGAUUCAAGGUACUAGACGGUUCUGCUGCCCAAAGCCGGCUUGUAGAGAUUGCAAGAAUGGAGAAACUAGACCUGGAGGAUAAUGUUGUUGAGACCCUACUUCGAUGCAGUGAUGGUGACCUGCGAAAGGCUAUAACAUUUAUGCAGAGCUCUGCAAGGCUAGCCCGCUAUGGCUCUGGGAAAAAGAAGGAUUCGUCUGAUAAAGACAUGGAGCUCGAUGAUGUCAAACCCAGGAUUACUGUCAGGAGCAUUGAAGAAGUAUCUGGCCUAGUUCCAGAAACUGUUAUGCAACGUGUUGUCGCAGCUCUUCGCCCAAGCAAGCGUGCUUCGAAAUACGAAGAAAUCUCAAGCCUCGUAGCUGACCUCGUGGCCGACGGAUGGAGUGCCUCUCAAGUCCUGUCACAGAAUGUUCUACUGACCUCAUUCAAGACAUACCAAGCAGUACUUCAAGACGAAUCCAUUUCAGAUGUACAGAAGAACCAAAUAUUGAAGGUCUGCUCUGAAUUUGAUAAACGACUAGUAGAUGGCGCAGAUGAGCACCUUUCAACUCUGGAUUUCAUGCUACAAAUAUCCGGCAUAAUACAAUCUACUUAG